AUGGCUAUAUUCGUCCUACUGGUCAUGCUGUUUCUCUCUUCGAGUGGAGCAGCUAAUGCUGCGAAUACCUACGAUUACAUGCAGCUAGUUUUGCAAUGGCCGGCUACCUUCUGCUAUAAUAAUCCAGAUUGUAGCCCAAAUUUCCCGCGCGGUACUUUUACAAUUCACGGCCUCUGGCCCAGUAACUACUCAACCCUUGAAUAUAAAUGCGUUGGCACACCCUUUGAUCCUGCUGAGAUGUUCGCUGCCGAAAACCAUGGUCUCAGAGACUAUUUUCUGCCGCAAGCAUGGCCGCAGUUGAAAGCUGGUUAUACCAACUUGGGCUUCUGGAGCUACGAGUACAACAAACACGGGACCUGCUCGGAGAACAAUCUGAAGCAGAUGGACUACUUCAGGCAAGCUUACUGGGGGUGGAUUCGAUUCAAUCCCUAUAAUCUCUUUGGAGCCUCCCCUAAGCAAAUCUACCCUGGUAAUUAUUACUAUACAGCUGACAUUGAAGCAGCCAUUCAGAUGGUCACCACGGAGAAGCCUCUGCUUAUGUGCAAGAAGGUAAAAGUAGGUCCCGUUUAUAAUUGGCUACUGCAGGAAGUCAUCAUCUGUCUUGAUCGUUGGGCAGUCCGAGUGGUUCCUUGUGGCCCACGACGGUCAUCUUGCGACGGUCCAAUUCUACAUUAUGGUUACUGA